GCGGGCCCCAGCAGCCAAGGCACCUCAGGCUUCUCCUCAGCAGCCCUCUCUCUCUCGCUCUGUGCUCCUGCUCUGUGCUCCUGCCUGCCACCCACUGCCACCACCAUGACCACCACCAUCCGCCAGUUCACGUCCUCCAGCUCCAUCAAGGGCUCCUCCUCGGGUCUGGGGGGCGGUUCGUCCCGCACCUCCUGCCGCCUGUCUAGCGGCCUGGGUGCCGGCUCCUGCAGGCUGGGCUCGGCCGGCGGCCUGGGCAGCGCCCUGGGCAGUGCCCUGGGGAGCGGCAGCUACUCCAGCUGCUACAGCUUUGGCUCUGGCGGCGGCGGCAGCUAUGGCAGUAGCUUCGGGGGCGUCGACGGGCUGCUGGCGGGCGGCGAGAAGGCCACCAUGCAGAACCUCAACGACCGCCUGGCCUCCUACCUGGACAAGGUGCGCGCCCUGGAGGAGGCCAACACGGAGCUGGAGGUCAAGAUCCGCGACUGGUACCAGAAGCAGGCCCCGGGGCCCGCCCGCGACUACAGUCACUACUACCACACCAUCGAGGACCUGAAGAGCAAGAUCCUCACGGCCACGGUGGACAACGCCAGCAUCCUGCUGCAGAUCGACAACGCCCGUCUGGCUGCCGACGACUUUCGUACCAAGUUUGAGACGGAGCAGGCCCUGCGGGUGAGCGUGGAGGCGGACAUCAACGGCCUGCGCCGGGUGCUGGACGAGCUGACCCUGGCCCGGGCCGACCUGGAGAUGCAGAUUGAGAACCUGAAGGAGGAGCUGGCCUACCUGAGGAAGAACCACGAGGAGGAGAUGAACUCCCUGCGAGGCCAGGUGGGAGGCGAGAUCAACGUGGAGAUGGAUGCCGCCCCGGGCGUGGACCUGAGCCGCAUCCUGUCCGAGAUGCGCGACCAGUACGAGAAGAUGGCGGAGAAGAACCGCAAGGACGCCGAGGACUGGUUCUUCAGCAAGACCGAGGAGCUGAACCGCGAGGUGGCCACCAACACGGAGCUGGUGCAGAGCAGCAAGAGCGAGAUCUCCGAGCUCCGACGCACUGUACAGGCCCUGGAGAUCGAGCUGCAGUCCCAGCUCAGCAUGAAAGCAUCCCUGGAGGGCAGCCUGGCGGAGACGGAGAACCGCUACUGCGUGCAGCUGUCCCAGAUCCAGGGGCUGAUCGGCAGCGUGGAGGAGCAGCUGGCCCAGCUGCGCUGCGACAUGGAGCAGCAGAACCAGGACUACAAGAUCCUGCUGGACGUGAAGACGCGGCUGGAGCAGGAGAUCACCACCUACCGCCGCCUGCUGGAGGGCGAGGACGCCCACCUGACUCAGUACAAGCCCAAAGAACCCGUGACCACCCGCCAGGUGCGCACCAUUGUGGAAGAGGUGCAGGACGGCAAGGUCAUCUCCUCCCGAGAGCAGGUCCACCAGACCACCCGCUGAGGACACUGCUCCCUGUCCCCUGCCCCCAGGGCCCUCAUCAGCCCUGCAGCCUCGACCUCCCCAGCCUGAGCCCCCUGGCUCCCCGUACCUUCCCCACGCCCCUGCCUGACCAAUAAAGCUUGUUAACUCAGA